ACAAUCCCCAACAGCGCAUGUGAACACGCACACUAAAACCCUCAGCCUUUACGCUGAUACGAAGAAAUGUUUACAACAGUAGAGCUGUAACUCAAUCAUAACUAAAUCCAAGGUUUGACGCCGUCGCGUGUUGGUUUAAAACACAACAUGGCGGCGAGCAGUGUGGAAGAUAUGUUAGCUAAAGUUGAACGUGAAGAAGCUGAAAAACGUAGCAGCAUCAAUGUUCAUAAAUCAUUGGACCUUGAGUUUGAUUUGGGGAAUUUAUUGGCUACUGAUAAAAAUUCUAUAGACAUUCGCGAAUUUAGCAAAUCUCCCAAAGGUGAGUUUCUGUGUGGUUUGGCUAGAGAUAAUACGCAACUGCUAAUUGCCAGUAUUUGGCAGUUACCUAUUGAGAGAGUGGAAGAGGCUGUGGUUGCAAAUUUACCCGACCCGACCACGCGACUACCUCAAGAGAAACCCGUACCCAAAGCAAAACCUCUCACACGGUGGGAGCAGUUUGCUAAACUAAAAGGACUCCAGAAGAAGAAAACGAACUUGGUCUGGGAUGAAGUGAGUAAGGAAUGGAAAAGAAGAUGGGGAUAUAAUCGCGCUAAAGAUAACACAAAAGAGUGGCUUAUUGAAGUGCCUGACAAAGCUGAUCCAAUUGAAGAUCAGUUUGCCAAACGCAUAAAAGCAAAGAAGGAAAGGGUAGCAAAGAACGAGUUAAACAGACUGAGGAAUAUUGCAAGAUCGCAAAAAAUAAAAAUUCCAGGUACUGGAUUGCCUCCGUCUUCUCAACCAUCUAAGAUUGAACUUGGGAAGGCACUCCAUAUAGCAAAGAUGUCUACAGCUUCAGUGGGGAAAUUCCAGGACAAGCUGGUAAAAGAAAAAGAACCCAGAAACAUCGGGAGGAAGAGGAAAUGUUUGCCUGUGAUUGGGGACUUUUCUGCAGAAAAACAGGAACAGCUGGAGAAAUUAAAGUUGAUGGAUAACAAAAAAACAAAAGUGGACGUAACCAAAGCAGUGAAUAAACAGAUGAGAGAGGAAGAUGCUGCAUCUGCAGCUUUAAGAAGAAAAAAAGUCAUCAAGGGUCGAAGGGGCAAAGAUAAGCGACACAAAGGUGCAAAGCAAAUUGUCAGGCAUAGGUUCAUACUAGGCUAUCUGCCCUAGGGUAUUUGUAAG